AUGCUGCCGUUAUGGCUUGUCUCUAGCUUCAUGCUCCUGACGGCUGCCUCUUCUCUCAACGUUGCUAUCCAAGGGGUGUUUAAUGAGAUCGAAUGCCCUCUCGCUCCGACAGACCCUUCGACAUAUUGGUAUGAGUCUAUCACGCAUAAUGGCAUAUCUCCUUUCAUACCCAAUGGAACGGAUUGGCCAGUCUUUCGAAAUGUGAAGACUAUGUUCGGCGCUAAGGGCGAUGGCAUCACUGACGACUCUGAUGCUCUUCAGAAUGCAAUCAACGCUGGGAAUAGCUAUGCCCAGAGGAAUACGAAUAGUCUUGGGACAACCGGUCAACCAGCUGUGGUCUAUCUUCCGAAAGGCGUGUAUGUGUUAGCCAAGCCGAUACAGUUCUUUGUUGGGAUGAUCCUGAUGGGAGACCCCAUAAACCCGCCGACAAUCAAGGCUGCUGGCAACUUCAGCGGCGAUUUCAUGAUCUAUGCGAAGGACCCUUCCCAAGAUUCGACCACGAAUUUCUAUGUCGGGAUGAAGAACGUAUUUAUCGAUUCGAUGGACUACGAUAAGGACAAGAAUCUCACACUGGUGGAUUGGAGCGUUAGCCAAGCAUGCCAGCUCGCCAACGUCCGGUUCAACAUGCCCUACGAAUCCACCGGUCAUAUAGGUGUUGCAAUGCCGGAGGGUGGUUCUGGACUGAUUCUGGAAGAUUUAUAUUUUCAUGGUGGUGUUGUGGGUAUCCAGUUGAGUAACCAGCAAUACCACCUCAAAAGUCUCACUUUCGACGGCUGCGGAACUGGUAUUUCAGUCCAGCACUUGUUCAUGGGCCAUUGCCAAGGAUGUAACUUCACGCUUUGCGGUAUUGGCGUUGAUAAUUCAAGCCCGACAGACGGUGUCCAGAAUCUCGGUACAUUCAUAAUCACGGAUUCGACUGCAGACAACACUGGGGUUUUAGUCAACGCGGCGCCUACUAAUGGAAGUUUCGCCUCGAUCGUGCUCGAAAAUGUCCAGGUAGACGAACAGUCGGUCCCAUCGACCGUCAUGAUCAGUGGUGAUGCGAUCUUGAAGGGCAGUGUCGAGCAGGGAGAGGCUUGGGUUCUGGGUGACGCGUAUACAUCGAAUAAGACAGCCAAGGGAGUAUUUCAAAAAGGAACGACCCUUCCUACAACACGGGCUACGCCUCUUGUCGAUAGCUCCGGGAGCUUCUACCGCUUAGCCCCACCGACGUAUGAGGAAUAUGGAGUAGAGCAGAUCGUCAACGUCAAGGAGGUGCCUUCGUACCCCGUAGCUGGAGACGGCAAGGCGGACGACACCGCAAGCCUACAAGCCAUCAUUAACAAGUACGCCGGGUGUAAGAUACUGUUCUUCCCGUACGGUAUCUACCUGGUGACGGAUACGUUAGUGUUCCCGCCGGGAAGCCGAGUUUUCGGCGAGGCAUGGUCGACCAUCUCAGCAACGGGUAGCAGAUUCAUCAACCCUGGCGCCCCUAUACCGAUGAUCAAGGUUGGCGAAUCUCGAGAUGUCGGCGUCGCCCAAUUUAGCGAUAUGCUCUUUACCGUCGAGGAUAUUCUUCCAGGCUGCACGUUAUUGGAAGUCAACAUGGCCGGCGAGAAACCUGGUGACGUUGGCUUUUGGAAUACGCAUUUUCGCGUGGGUGGUGCAGCCGACUCGCAGAUCCAAGAGAAAUGUGGCCCGGGCGUGACGACGGACCCGGCUCAGUGUAAAGCAGCCUUCAUGUUGGCCCAUUUCACCGCCAGCUCAUCAGCUUAUGUCGACAAUAUGUGGGGUUGGACUGCCGAUCAUGAUUUAGACGGCAUUGACAACCCUUUGACCAACCCGCAGUACAUCUCCGUCGGCCGAGGCGUAUUGAUCGAAUCAACGAAGCCAUCAUGGUUCAUUGGCUUCUCCAGCGAGCACAAUACCCUCUAUGAAGUGAACAUCAACGGAGCCGAGAACGUCUUCAUCGGCUUCCAACAAAGCGAAACACCUUACUGGCAGGGAGGUAACUCAUCACUUCGUGCCCCCGACCCAUGGACUCCUGUGGUGCCGGGCAGCGAUCCUGAUUUUUCGUGGUGCGCCGCGGGUGAUGCUCACUGCCGCAUGUCGAUCUACCAACGUAUCUCUUGCUCCAAGGACUUGAGUCUAUAUGCGGGUGGCUUUUGGACCUUCUUUAACGCCAACAAGGCGUGUGACGCAGGUGUAAGUUGCCAGAGGGAUGCCGUCCGGAUAGACAAUAGCACAAGUGUAUCCUACUUCGGCCUUGGUGUAAACCAUGUCGGGAACCUCAUCAUCCAGGAUGACAAGCCGGUUGUUACUAGUGCUGAGAAUAAAGGAGGCUGGUUUGCGAACGUUGCUGUCUAUUUGGAUGAUUCUUAA